CCCGCCUCCACGUCGGUCACUUCUGAUAAUCAGAGAUCAACACCAGCAGAUCCCCACAGCCAGAAUGCGUCUGAAAGCCCGUCUUCCGAGCAGCGAGUCUGUUGUGUUGACUCUUGCUGAUACCGGCACUGUUGCCGACCUGCUUGCCGCGCUCGACCAGCAGCCCGUGCUCGAGAUCAAGGCCGGCUUUCCGCCUAAAGCCAUCGAUAUCUCGGACCGGCUGCGGCCGCUGUCUGACCUCGGCGUGCGCUCAGGCGACCAGCUCGUCGUCGUUGGUCCUGCUGCUGCUGCUACCUCUGCUGUGCAGUCUGACAGCUCGAUUUCUACACUUUUAAGCCAGAUCUCGGUACCCGCGUCAACACCCGCCAGACCACCGCAGACACGGUCAGCACCCUCAGACACCCAAGGUCCACCAUCAGUGCCCUGCACGCCAGGCUCGGUCCUCACCCUGCGCGUCAUGGAAGACGACAACUCGUGUCUUUUCCGCGCGGUAGGCUACGCGCUCCUCCGCAACCUCGACGACACAAUGCCCGAGCUGCGCACCCUCGUCGCGACCGCGAUCCGCGCCGACCCAGAGCAGUACUCCGACGCCGUGCUGGGUAAGCCGCGCGAGCAGUACUGCGAGUGGAUCCAGCGGCCGCAGAGCUGGGGCGGUGCGAUCGAGCUCGCGGUGCUGGCGACGCAUUUCGGGGUUACGAUACACUCUGUCGACGUCGCGUCCGGCGGGCGCGUGGACUCGUUCAACGACGGCCAAGCAACGUUUAUCGUCGUCGUCUACAGCGGGAUUCACUACGACACGGUUGCGCUCGCGCCCGAGGGCGUCGAGGCCGUCAUGUCUGAUUUCGACCAGACCGUGUUUGUGAACGACGAGACGGGUGAGGUUGUUUUCGCGGCGGCGAAGAAGUUGGCUGAGGUUUUGAUGAAGCGGCAUUAUUUCACCGACGUCGCGAGUUUCCAGAUCAGGUGUACGGACUGUGGAUCGGUCUUCACCGGCGAGCGCGAGGCCGAGAAGCAUUCGAUGAGUACAGGACAUACUGGGUUCCAGGAAGUUGCCUAGAGUGUAUCUUAUUCCAUAUUCUGUAUAGUACUUUUCUCCAUCCCAAUCCAAUAUCAUAAAUACAACAAUA